AUGAAACUCUUUCUGCUAGGACUUUUAUGUUUUUCUCCUUUGGUUUCUGCAGACUUGAAAUUUCUGAUUGCGAUUUGGAGACAUGGUGAUCGAGCUCCUGAGUCCAAACCAUAUCCUAACGAUUUAUAUAGUGAGAGUAAUUGGCCUCGUGGAUGGAAUCAGUUAACUAAUAUCGGAAUGCAACAAACGUAUGAACUAGGCCAGUGGUUCCGAGAAAGAUAUGUCGAAACUCAAAACUUCCUACCUUCAAACUUCAACUAUAAGAAGAUAUACUAUCAAAGCUCGGAUUCCGAACGAGCUAUCCAAAGUGCACAUGCACAUGCCGCUGGAAUGUUCCCUGCCAAAGGAGAUAUGGUAUGGACUUCCUCAACAGCUCUAUUAGCCUGGCAGCCAAUUCCUAUUCACACAAAUGGAUAUAACAAUGCGGAUCCUCUACUUAAACCCACGUCAUACGACUGCCCAUCUUACUCAAAGCUUGUGAAUAGUGCUAAUGGUCCUUACUUGCAAACAGUAGGCAAUCAGUACGAAGGAUUGUUCGCUAAAUUGUCAAACUAUACAAACAUGACAGUUACUAUUGAUAAUGUAAAAGACUUAUAUGAUAUUACCCGUGAAAUUGCUCAUAGUUUGAAGCAACCUGACUGGGUUUAUGAAGAAUGGAAUGGAACAACUAUUUUGAACAAUAUAAUUGAACUAAAACGAAUAACUAGAACGUCUCUCUUUAACACAGAACAAAAAUCUCGUUACCGUGCUGGUUAUUUGUUGAAUGAUUGGUGCCAGAAGCUUGAAGAUGCGGGAGCUACCAACUAUACUGGAAAACUUGCAACAUUGUAUUCUUCCCAUGAUGGAACACUCUCCGCACUCAGUUAUCUGAUGGGUGUGAAUGAUAAUCAGCUAGUGCCCUAUGCUGCUGCUAUUAUCGCUGAACUACAUUCCAACAACACUGUCAGGUUGCUCUAUAGGACCAGCAGUGUAAACGUGACUGUCUUGAGAGUGGAUGGAUGUGGUGAAUUCUGCCCAUUGAACACCUUUUUAUCUGCCAUGAACAGUCGAAGGAUCAGAACUAUCUCAGAACUGGAGCAGACAUGCAGUGCUUACAGAUUCACAGCUUUAAUAAUGAUUGUUAUGUCAACUAUAUUUAUGCUCUAA